GAAAAAUUUUAUUUAUUUUUAUUGAGAGGAUAAGGGAGGGAGAAAGAGAGGGAAACACUGAUGUGAGAAACAUCGAUGGAGAGGUUGCUUCUGACACAUGCCCCUGACCAACCAGGGCUGAACCGCAACUCUGGCAUGUGCUCUGAUCCGGAAUCAAACUGGCAACCAUUCGCCCUGCAAGACAAUGCCCAACCAAUCGAGCGACGCUGGUCAGGGCUAAAUUGACCUUUAAAGGGCAUUUAUUUCACAGCAGAAAGAGUGGAGGUGCAAGCUGAGCACAUACCCAGCCUUUGCAGGGCGGAUUCGGACAUCUACCCAUAAAAGGGAAGGUUGUAACUCCACCUUCCCAUUCCCCUCCCUCCCCCAACUGCAGUCUCAGUGUGUGGAUUGAAUGAUCCUAAGUAAAUCCCAGGUGUGGGAGUUGUCUUGCCUCUGGGCCUGGGAGCUCAGGUACCUAUAGCCACAGUCUUUCAAGUAUGCUGCCUCAGAUUUCUGGGUUAUCUGGAAACUUCAGCAGCCCCGACCCCAAGUACCUGGAGACUGUGUGCAUCCUGUUUUGUGAGCCCACUGCAUUCACCCAUCUCCACAAAGGUCUGAGUGUCUCACCCAUCAACUACAGUCUAGUGGGCUGGGAAAGGCAGGUGCUGAUCUGGAGCUUUAAGGGCCCAGAGGACUGUCAGGGCUCAUUCCGGUUGCUGAGCAAUGCAUUGGCCUGUGGCUUGUCUGCACUGCAGAUCUAAUCCAGGGACAGGUGACCAGGGCCAUCGCUCUAGACUACCAACUAAAAAUAUGAAAUUGGACCUACACUGCACAUUGGAAAAAGCAGUAAAAGUGUCCUGGACCUCUGGGCAUUCAGUGUAUGUUGCGUAUAAGAGACUUUUCCUCCCUAGACAUAUGUGAAAAAUAUGCAAAUGCGGUAUAAUAGUGCUAGCUAUUCCAACUCCUUGUCAACAUGAUGGUGUUCACAGUUAGAAUACAGUUACUAUAUAAUAUGAUCAAUCCUGAAAGAUCCUGACUAUUCCAUGGGUAGUUUGUAGCCCAUGGGUAGGUUGAAGUUUGGAAAUUAUAACUCCUAUCAAUAUAUGGAUUUGAUUUUUAUAACAUUUAACUUGAAGCUGCACUUCCGUGUAAAUGGGGUUUCUUUGGUCUUGUGUCCAUAGGCUAGUAUUUUACUCGGAGCCUUAUAAUCUGACGCUUUUAUGUUCUCAGGUGUCUCAAAAGGUAGGGUGUGGGGGCGGGGGAACAAACUCCUUUACACCUCGGGUAUCUCGAACGGAGUAACAAUUGCCUACCAGAUCCUACACGUGCUUAGGAGUGUGGGAAAGAGGGGUUAAGUAAAAACGGAAACUGCCAGGACUUAAGAUGUCUGGCCAAAGCCAGUUCGAUCUCCCAGGAAGGGCCUACCCACUUCCAAAAUGUCUCCCCGCAGUCCUGACGUCACUCGAUGGGUUUCAGCAAGCCAAAAAGCCACUGUGCUCCAAUCAGGGCUCAGUUCCCUCACCCACUGCCCUUGAUUUACGUCACUUCCGGUGGUGCAGCAGCCAUUUUGUCAGUCGCCAGUGGAUCCCGUGCGCUGGAGAAGUGCAGUUCCCCCUAGUUACCAACUCGUUAGUUUUCCCUUCACGUUGCGGGUGCGGUCGAAGAGCACUCACCAGGCAUUGCCGUUCCUCCCUACAGUGUCGCCGCAGCUGUUACAUCCGCCCGGAGCUAGUGACGCUGUCUUCCUCCCUCGCCACUGACAGGCGCCCUCAGGUAGCCUGGGUCAGCGAUGUCAAGCGAGGAAAGCUACCGGGCCAUAUUGCGCUACCUGACGAACGAGUGCGAGCCGUAUGCGCCGGGCACAGAGGGAAAUGUCAAGCGUAAAAUCCGCAAGGCUGCAGCCUGCUACGUGGUGCGCGACGGGACCUUGUACUACCAGCGUCGGCAAAGGCACCGCAAGACCUUCGCGGAGCUGGAGGUGGUUCUGCAGCCAGAGCGGCGCUGGGGGCUCAUCGAGGCGGCGCACCUGGGCCCUGGCGGCACUCACCACACCCAGCAUCAGACCUGGCACAACUUGUCCAAGACGUACUGGUGGCGAGGUAUAUUAAAGCAAGUCAAAGAUUAUAUUAAACAGUGUAGCAAAUGCCAGGAGAAACUAGAUCGUUCCCGUCCAAUAUCAGAUACUUCAGAAAUGUUGGAAGAAUUGGGACUAGACCUUGAAUCUGGAGAAGAAAGUAAUGAAUCAGAGGAUGACCUGAGCAACUUUUCUUCAACUCCAAAUACAGCCUCCAAGCCUGCAAAAAAGAAGCCAAUAUCUAAACAUGAACUUGUAUUUGUUGACACAAAAGGAGUGGUGAAACGUUCUUCUCCAAAACAUUGUCAGGCUGUCUUAAAACAGCUGAAUGAACAGAGACUCUCCAACCAGUUCUGUGAUGUUACUUUGUUAAUUGAAGGAGAGGAGUACAAAGCCCACAAAUCUGUUUUAUCAGCUAAUAGUGAAUAUUUUCGAGAUCUUUUUAUUGAGAAAGGAGCUAUUUCCAGUCAUGAGGCAGUGGUGGAUCUUUCUGGUUUCUGUAAAGCAAGCUUCCUCCCUUUACUGGAAUUUGCCUAUACUUCUGUGCUAAGUUUUGAUUUCUGUAGCAUGGCUGAUGUAGCCAUCUUGGCUCGGCAUCUUUUCAUGUCAGAAGUUUUAGAAAUCUGUGAAAGUGUACAUAAACUAAUGGAAGAGAAGCAGCUAACGGUAUAUAAGAAGGGUGAAGUACAAACAGUUGCAUCUACCCAAGACUUACCAGAACAAAAUGGAGGUACAGCACCUCCUGUGGCUAACAAUGAGGGAGCCACCACAGCUUUAUCUACUGACCUUGAGGAUUGUGAAAUUGUACUACUGGUGAAUGGAGACUUGCCAGAAGCUGAACAGAGUGGAGAGCUAAGACAGCAGUCUGAGCCCCAGGUUUCUUCAGGGGCUGAAGCUACUCUGUCAUCUUUACCUGUAGGCUGUAUACCUGAUUCUCAUCCUGAAAUGGAGCCUGUUGAUAUAGUAACAAAAAACAACCAGACAGAACUAGAAACUUUAAACAACAAAGAUAGCACAGUUUCUAAUAUUUAUCCUAAACUUUCCAAAGAGAAUAUAGUCAGUAGAUCUCCAGAAAACACUGAUAUGAGAAAUGAUAUAUCAGUGGAGGAUCUCUGUGAUGACGACAUUCCGGAGCAUAGGCUGAACUUUGGCCAAUCUUUAAAAGAUCAGGAAAAUCUAGUUGCAAAAACAGACCUUGGCCCUGAUGAUACUUACAGAAGCAGGCUUCGACAGCGUUCUAUUAAUGAAGGGGGAUAUAUCCGACUACACAAAGGAAUGGAGAGAAAGCUGCAGAAACGGAAAGCUAUUCCCAAGUCAGCAGUUCAACAGGUAGCCCAGAAAUUAGUUCAGAGAGGAAAAAAGAUGAAACAGCCAAAAAGGGAUGCUAAAGAAAAUACUGAAGAAGAAGCAUCUCAUAAAUGUGGGGAAUGUGGAAUGGUUUUUCAGAGAAGAUACACACUUAUAAUGCACACACUGAAACAUGAAAGAGCUAGAGAUUACAAAUGUCCGUUGUGUAAAAAACAGUUUCAGUACAGUGCCUCCUUGAGGGCACACCUUAUUCGACAUACCAGAAAAGCUGCACCCACUUCGUCGUCGUCUUCCAGUUCUACUUCUAAUGAAGCAUCAGGAACAUUGCCUGAGAAGGGCAGAACCAAACGAGAAUUUAUAUGUUCCAUAUGUGGAAGGACAUUACCUAAAUUAUAUUCUCUUCGAAUACACAUGUUAAAGCACACUGGUGUAAAGCCACAUGCAUGUCAGGUCUGUGGAAAGACUUUCAUCUACAAGCAUGGUCUAAAAUUACACCAGAGUCUCCAUCAAUCACAGAAGCAGUUCCAGUGUGAACUGUGUGUUAAGUCAUUUGUUACCAAACGGAGUCUUCAAGAACAUAUGAGUAUUCACACAGGAGAGUCUAAGUACCACUGCUCAGUUUGUGGUAAGUCUUUUCACAGGGGUUCUGGACUCAGUAAGCACCUAAAGAAACACCAGCCAAAGCCUGAGGUUCGAGGCUAUCAUUGUACUCAAUGUGAAAAAAGUUUCUUUGAAGCUAGAGAUCUUCGCCAGCACAUGAACAAACAUCUUGGUGUGAAGCCAUUCCAGUGCCAAUUUUGUGAUAAGUGCUAUAGUUGGAAGAAAGAUUGGUAUUCCCAUGUGAAGUCUCAUUCUGUCACUGAGCCUUACCGAUGUAAUAUAUGUGGUAAAGAAUUUUAUGAAAAAGCAUUGUUCAGAAGGCAUGUAAAGAAAGCUACCCAUGGGAAAAAAGGAAGAGCAAAGCAAAACCUGGAACGGGUAUGUGAACGAUGUGGAAGAAAAUUCACUCAACUGAGAGAGUAUAGGAGACACAUGAAUAAUCAUGAAGGAGUUAAGCCAUUUGAGUGCUUAACAUGUGGAGUAGCUUGGGCUGAUGCCCGAUCUCUAAAACGCCACGUCAGAACACAUACUGGUGAACGGCCCUAUGUCUGUCCUGUAUGUAGUGAGGCCUACAUAGAUGCUCGAACACUCCGAAAACAUAUGACUAAAUUUCACAGAGAUUAUGUGCCUUGCAAAAUUAUGCUGGAAAAAGAUACUCUUCAGUUUCAUAACCAAGGAACUCAAGUGGAGCAUGCUGUUAGCAUCUUAACAGCAGACAUGCAUGAACAAGAAAGCAGUGGUCCUCAAGAACUUGAGACUGUGGUAGUGACAGGGGAAACUAUGGAAGCUCUUGAAGCUGUUGCAGCUACUGAAGAGUAUCCUUCCGUAUCUACACUUUCUGACCAAAGUAUUAUGCAAGUGGUUAAUUAUGUGUUGGCACAACAGCAAGGACAGAAAUUAUCCGAAGUUGCAGAAGCUAUUCAAACUGUUGAAGUAGAGGUGGCACAUAUUUCAGAAGCAGAAGGACUGUAGUAAUGGAGAUUUUAAAAAGUGACAUCUCAUGUACACUGAGCUCACAGAAUGUUUGUUUACAAUGCUAUGUAUGUGGACUCUUUGUGUAGAGUUUGUAUAUCAAGACUCUGGGCUGUUUGAUGAUGUUUUAACAUUUCUUAAUGGUUUGGCCUACAGUCCAUUUACUGUAAAGAGAUUGAAAACAAAUCUGUUUGGUGGCAGUGGUUUAUCAUGGUAUACUUUUUAUGAAUUAAUGUUUGUAGAAGACCGUACUAAAUGAAAAAUUGUACAGUUUCAUUUAUAUUUUGACAUUAUUAUACACUUUGAGUUUAAAAGGCUGUACCAGUCGACUUUUCUUUUCAUUUGCCCUUUUUAUGGACCUAAAAAAUUCUAAUAUAAAGCAUUUUAGUAGGAUGCAUAGGUACAUUACAUUUUUUAAAUGGCUUCAAAUCUGUGGUUCUUGACUUUACUAUUUAUUUUAAGUCCUUAUAAGUCAGGGAUUCUUUAUUUUAUUUUAAUGCACUUAAUGAGUUACAUGUUGUAAUCAAGUUUGCACAAUAUACUUAUCUAUAUAGGAAACCCUUAAGUGAAUAGCUGAUUUUAAAUAUGCCAUUAAAAUGCAUGAAAUGCCUACUAAAGCCUUACUGUACUAUCUCUUCAAGGCAAGGAAAUAGACCAUACACAAAGAACACUUUUUAUUAAGCACUGUUGAUGAGAAAUUUCUCCUUGAUAACAUAGGGCAAUACAUGGGCGGAUGGGGGUGGAAAGAAUCUCUGUCUUUUGCUGAAAAAGUAACAAAACUAGGUUUGGUAUAUUCACAGCUUUUGUAUCAUGUUUUCUUAAAUUGUGUUUUUGUUUUGCUUUUUUGUAUCAUGUUUAAUUGUUCAUUUUGUUGAAAAACUGCAGUUUAGAAAUAGGAUAAUAUAGAUAUCUACAGUGGUCCUGUGGAUAUCAUAUAAUUGUACAAGUUAUUUCAGAAUAUUAAAAAGUCUUCAACUCAUCCCUCAUUAUAGUAUACUACUUAAAUUAAUUAUGAUCCAUCAAAUUGUUGAAAGUAAAUUAUUUUAAAGAGUUACCUGAGAAUUAAAUUAUAUUAAUUAGUGUGUUUGAUUUUUAAAUUCCCACCUCCUUAAGCUAUCUAAUUUUUUGACUUUCAGAAUAACCAUAGGGAUAUGUCACAUUUCUCUCCUCUGGGAAACUAUCAUUAGAGCUAUAAUUGUUAAAAUUAAACUUUUAAGUAUUAAAAAGUAUUAUAAGGUAUAAAAUUAGGAUGUAAGCAUAUUACAUGUAAAUCAUUCCUAAAGCACAAGAGAAUAAUGUGCCUUGAUGUACAUAUAUCACUAAGAUACUUUAUUCCAGUUUACUUUAAAAAAUGGCUUAAUAGAUAAAGAAUAAAUGUGAUGCCAUGCAUGCAUUAUACUUGCAUAUAUAAUAUUUUCAUUUGUAAAUUUCCCAUUAUUUCAAUAGCUGUGUGGCUGACUUCCACUUUUAAGUGAAUUGACAUACAGUAUAUAACUCUAUAAUGGCUGUUUGUUUAUUGUAUCUUUCAGUUAGUGAAAAUGUAUAAUAUUUCAACCUGACUAAAAUAGGGAAUUAUGUCUGUUAUGUUCCACCCUCACCAUUGUUAUUGGAUUUAGUUACUUGUAUAAGGCCAUUAAUGUAUGUUAUAAAUAUGUAAAUAAAAGAUGUUGA